AUGUCGCGCUCGUCCCCAGACCCGUUCGUCGCAUCGCCCUCCUCCCCGAGCCACCCUGUGAAGAACCAUUCCCGGUACACCUAUCGCCAACUGCAGCUCCUUCGCCAGAGUUCGACGGCUUCUCCGCUCCGAGUAAUUGCUCAUGUCGAUUUGGAUGCGUUCUACGCACAAUGUGAGAUGGUGCGUCUUCAGACGCCGCGGGAGAUACCCCUCGCUGUACGCCAGUGGGACUCGCUGAUCGCGAUCAACUACCCUGCUCGGGCGUUCGGCAUAACGAGGAUGAUUUCCGCGAAGGAAGCCCGGAAGCUUUGUCCGGAGAUUGUUCUACAGCAUGUUGCGACUUUUCGAGAAGGUGAGGGCGGGAAAUGGGCGUACAGGGAGGAUUCCUUCAACCGUAUUCACACGGAUAAAGUGUGCUUGGAUCCGUAUCGGGCGGAAUCGCGCAAGAUCCUGAAAACAAUGAAGGAGGAAUUGUCGAGAUGGUAUAUGGACUUGGUUGAUGAGGAACGGGGGCUGGGUUCUCACGCUCAAAUACAACAAGCUAGUGUUGAGAAAGCUAGUGUCGACGAAGUUUUCAUUGAUUUAUCCCCGCUGGUUUAUGGUGUCCUGCUUCAACGGUAUCCGGAACUAUGGAAUGGGCCGGAUGACGAUGAUCGUAUCGCAUCGUUACCUCGCCCCCCUACAACGGCACUGGAAUGGAGCCAGGGCGAUUGUCUAGUGGGCCUAGACGAGAACGAGACCGAGGUGGAUGAUCCUGAUUGGGAUGAUGUGGCGAUGCUUAUUGGGUCAGAGAUUGUCCGAGCGGUUCGCACGGCAGUCUGGGAUAAGCUGAGUUAUACGUGCUCCGCAGGUAUAGCGAAAAACAAGAUGAUGGCAAAGUUGGGGAGUUCUAGCAAUAAACCCAACAAACAGACCAUUGUACGCAAUCGUGCUAUCCAGAACUUUCUUGGGGGCUUUAAGUUUACCAAGAUACGAAUGCUUGGGGGUAAGCUGGGUGAUCAGGUCACGGCUCUGUUUGGGACGGAACAUGUUAGUGAUCUUUUACAGGUUACGCUGGAGCAGUUCCGGGCCAACCUGGAUGACGAUACUGCUAGUUGGCUCUAUGGAAUCAUCCGCGGCGAGGAUAAGAGUGAAGUCAACCCCAGGACGCAGAUAAAGUCUAUGCUCUCCGCCAAGUCGUUCAGACCGAAUAUCAACUCCAUCGAGCAGGCAGAAAGGUGGUUGCGGAUCUUUGCCGCCGACAUCUAUGGCCGUCUCAUGGAAGAUGGUGUACUUGAGCACCGACGCCGUCCAAAAACCCUCGCCUUGCAUCAUAGGCAAGGUGCACAAGUUCGCUCUCGUCAAAGCCCCAUUCCUGGGUCGACACCGAUCGACGAGACGUCACUGUUCGAUGUUGGGAGGACAUUGCUUCGACAGAUCAUCGGCGACGGACGCGCCUGGCCUUGUGCAAACUUGUCAAUGAGUGUCGGUGGAUUUGAGGAUGGGGUUAGCAACAAUAAAGCAAUAGAUUCGUUUCUACUCCGAGGAGAUCAAGCCAAAAGUAUCGGCCACCUUGCAAAGGACCGCCUUACGGAGGACUUGCCCGAAAUGUUACAGCCGAGUGAGAAACGGAGGAAAGUUGAAGACGAUGGUAUAAAACGCUUCUUCAAUCAGCCUCCCGGGGCCACCACGAAGCCUCAGCCAAGCGAGGCCCUAUUGGAGACGCCAGCGACUAGUCUGGAAGGCAACAGAGAGAAUAUAUUUCUAUCGGAGGCCUCGUGUAAUCCUGAAACAACAGAAGUUGCAUCGGGAUUCUAUACUUGUAGACGUUGCGAAAAACCGCUACCGGAAGCUGAAAGGGAUGAACACGACGAUUGGCAUUUUGCCAAGGAGCUGGAAAGACAAGACAGACAAGAAGCCAUGAGAUCCCAGCAGACAGCACGCCCGUCCAGUAAUACGGGAUCUUCCAGCGCCCGUGGUAGGCCAGGUCGUAACAGCCGGGGCAAGCCUGAGAAAGGGCAGACACGUCUCGCUUUCGGAUAG